AUCUGUAAGCCAACGGUUGCGCUCUCUGUGUGUGUCGCCUUACAACAUUUUUAACAACUCUUUUACGCUUCACGUAUGUCUGCAAAUGAUCUUUUCCUUUCUAAUAUAGAGAAUAUCUUGUAAUGGAUUUCAUUGAACUUUAAUAUUAAUCAGCCACCCAGAUACAAUGCAGAAGAUAGAUGUCCCUGAACAGCGGCGUGUUGAACAUUGAGUCAUUCUGUGUGGACAUCCACAGAGCAGCGCGUCAUUUCGACAAUGUUUUGACGUACUUUCUUCACAACGGCUGCGCAGUGUUUAUGUGAACGGGGUGAAUUGUCGUUUUUGUGAAAUAUAAUGACUAUGUCAGUCCCGGAGAGGAACUCUGGCUCGGAGGAGAAGGAGGAGGAGAGCGAGGAUGAGAGUGAGAUUGUGGAGGAGAGUCCGUGCGGUCGAUGGCAGAAGAGAAAGGAACAGGUGAGUCAGGGGAAUGUUCCAGGCGUGGAGAGUGCCUCUCUGGCUAUGGACACUGAAGAGGGAGUAGAGGUGGUGUGGAACGAGGUUCUCUUCCAUGACAAGAAGGUCUUCAAGACAGUGGAGGACAAAAUGAAAGAGAUGUUUGAGAAUCUGAUGCUGGUUGACCAUCCCAACAUUGUGAAAUUUCACAAAUACUGGCUGGACAUUGGAGAUAAACACGCUCGGGUUGUUUUCAUCACAGAGUACAUGUCCUCGGGCAGCCUGAAACAGUUCCUUAAGAAGACCAAGAAAAACCACAAGACCAUGAAUGUCAAGGCCUGGAAACGCUGGUGCACACAGAUUCUGUCUGCCCUAAGUUACCUGCACUCCUGUGACCCUCCGAUAAUUCACGGCAACCUCACCUGUGACACCAUCUUCAUUCAGCAUAAUGGCCUCAUUAAAAUUGGAUCAGUUUGGCACCGACUCUUUGUGAAUGUGUUUCCUGAGGGGGGUGUCCAUGGCAAGAUACACCAACAUCGAGAUGAUAAGAAAAAUUUGCACUUCUUCUCUCCAGAGUAUGGCUCAUGUGAGGAUGACUAUGCCAUUGACAUCUUUUCCUUUGGGAUUUGUGCUUUAGAGAUGGCCGUGUUGGAGAUCCAAGCCAAUGGGGACUCUGUUGUGUCAAAGGAGGCUAUAACCAAUGCUGGACAAUCACUGGAGGACCCCCUCAUGAGGGAGUUCACCCAGUCAUGUGUGCGUCAUAACCCCAGACUCCGCCCAACCGCACAUGACCUGCUGUUUCAUCGCGUGUUGUUUGAAGUGCAUUCGCUGAAACUGCUUGCAGCACACUGCCUCAUCAAUAACCAGUACAUGCUCCCAGAGAACUGUGUAGAGGAGAAGACCAAAUCAUUCGACCCAAACGGGGUCAUGGCAGAGAUAAUUCACAAAGAUCGUCCUCGCGUUCAGCUCAAAUACUCUCAUGUCUCUCCUCUAGAGCUGGACAAGUUCUUAGAGGAUGUGAAGAAUGGCAUCUACCCACUGAUGAACUUUGCCUCUGCUCGACCACAUCCCGUACCCCGUGCCCUCUCCAUGUCCCAAGAACAGGUGGAGACAGUGAAGACGCCCACCCCUGAACCCCAAGAGGCAGAAACCCGGAAGGUGGUACAGAUGCACUGUAACCUGGAGUUUAUUGAAGAAACGACUAAAACUCAUCUCACCUUGUUCUUAAAGCUAGAUGAUAAACUCCACCGGCAGCUCAGCUGUGAUAUAAUGCCAACUGACAGUUCCAGAGAUUUGGUCAAUGAACUUAUCCUUCAUGCCUUCAUCAGUGAGGAGGAUGGUGACAAGAUGGUGGCAUUCUUGGACGACGCCUUGAACCGCCACCGUGGGUCUGCUAGUGCCAUAACGACAAUAUGAACGACAGUGGUCUUUAGCGAUGGCAAUGGACAUUUACAAGCCAGAAGAACCCUAGAGGGAGGCCUGGCAACAGAAUGGAAAAGAAAGAUUCAGUUUGUCAUUUAUUAUAGUAGAUAAUGAAUGCAACCUGUGGUUGAAAAAAAUAACAAAAGAGAAAGAGAGUUGACAUAAUGACACUGGUUUUUAUGACCAGAUUAGGGGGCACUAGGAAUGCCGGACUAAGAUGGUUGUACUAACCUCCCCGAGUUCCUGUACAGCACUUUCUGGCAUUUUUAGAGGUCCUUCCCACAAACCCAUGAGGUGCUCAGGGGCAUGUUGGCCACAUCACAACUUUCCCCAGCUCUAUUUAAGAGAGUUGCGUGUUGUAUAGGAGGUGCAUGCUGUGGAAAGUUUUAUUGAUGAUAUAUGAAAAACACAAUUUUACAAAAAACAACAACUUUAUACUGCCAAUCUUUCCUUUGCAGCUUAAACACUAUUCUACUAAAAAACGAUCAUUAGGCCAGAAACAUACUCUACGCAAGUAUACAGAAACCAAUGAGAAUGCUUGUUGUACAUACUUAACGUGUGUUCUUGCAUUACUGUGGCGGUCACAAAUUUCAGUCCUUAAGGGGGUGAUAGUUACCUUGUCUGUGCCCAGUAAACCAGAUGUCUUGUUAUUUUUCAGGUGGCUAGAUAUGACUGCCGAUAGUUUAACUAAAUUUAACUUGCUCAGCAAGAUUCUCUUCAAACUUUAAGAAAUGGCAAUCAAAAGAAUAUACAAUUGUAGAUUUCACGUAUUGUCCUCUUGUCAGUUAUCACGAGAAUGUCUUAAUAUGCCGUUGGAGUGUUUUACAUGGAGUAUAUGUACAGGAAUGUAUUGCCUUAUAUAAACUUUGCUGUUCACUUAUGUCUCAUGAGGCUAAACCAGUGUUAUUAUAGUUCAAGAAAACAAACUAAAAUAAUUUGUAUCAACUCAAAUAAAAAAUGAAAUUAUUGGAAAAAAAAUUUAACUAAACUAAAAUGCUAUUUCAUAACUCCAAAUCUAACUAAAAUUAAUUUAAAUGAAAUAAAUUUUUAUAUUUUCUUCUACACUUUCACAUCAUAACAUCAAGUUGUUUAUAAGCAUACCUAGAUUUACCUAAAAUUUCUGUAAUUUUCUUUACCAUUGCUUUUCCCACCAGUGGUCAUGAAAUGAGUUCUACCACACCAAUCAUCAGUUUUAGACCUCAAAAAGAUAAAGGGAUAGUUAACUCAAAAAUUAAAACCCUCAUCAUUUACUCACCCUCAUGCUAUCCCAGAUGUAUAAGACUUUCUUUCUUCAGCUGAACACAAAUUAAGAUUUUUAGAAGAAUAUCACAGCUCAGUAGGUCCAUACAAUGCAAGUGAAUGGGG